GUGUACCUACAACAAACUGAAUGAUUACGUAAUAAUCUGUUGCAGUAAAUGUGACUCUUUUCCAUCAGAUAAUCUCUUAUUCUCCCACAACAAAUAUAUUAUUAUACAGGAUGGGCAGCAUGUAGCCACAUAUGGCGCAAGGGAGACAGGUCCAUACUGCUCAGCUGGAGUCCUCCACUCUCUCACAAUAUCGAUGUUGAGCCAGACAUCUCCCACUAUCUAGUGACCAUUAUCAACACGGAGGACCAUCACUCUGUGCUCACUGUCAACACAACAGACACUGAGUACCUCCUCCAGUCACAAGACUGCCAACUAUCUGUCUACCAAGUGGAGAUAGCAGCAGUCAAUGUUGUUGGUGUGGGAGACAACUACACCAGUCCUCAACUGACUCUGGAUGUACUUGAUUUUUCAGACAAAUUUUCUUUAAUUCUUGGUGAAAAUCCAGUUAUCAGCUUUCAGGUCUGUGCAAGCUACCAAGUCACUUUGGAAUAUAAAUUUAAACCAACAUUAUCAAACAGAGAAAUUCACUUGAUGACUAAUGUUGCUGGUGAUGGACAAACAACCCUAAGCAUUUCCUUACCUAAUGUCAAAUUUAAUGAACAUUAUAAAGUAACUGUGGGAGUCAAUGGAACUAAUGUUUUCAUGUACAGCCAAAGUUUUAGUACAUUUGAUGUCCAGAAAGUGGUGAUAGAUGAGAAGAGCAGCGGACAUGAUAUAACAUGUUACUUAGCUCGUGGGUCACAAAUCAAGGGUUGUAGAAUAGUUAUAAUCUCAGAGGGAAGAGGUGGAGACUGUGAAUUUAACACAACUGCCACAAAACUCGAGGGAGCUAGAGAUGCUGCAGUGAAUGUGGAACUACCAGCAGGAGAGUAUUCUAUAGUAGUCUAUGAUGAUGAACAAGUGACUGAAGAGAAUCCAGCUUAUACCAGCAACCUGUCUAUCCCUGGUGCUACUACACCUGUUGUAGGGUGUGUGUUUGACGUACUAGUGGUGGAAUCAACAAGUGACAGUGAAGAGAACAAUCGACUUGUAGUUUUACUGGUGAUUGGGGCAGUCAGUACAGUGGCUCUCAUUGCAGUUUUAACCCUGAUCGCAGUAACUUCACUUGUGGUUUUGUCAAGAAAAUGUAGGAAAACAGCUGAAAGUGUAUCACCAAGAGGUGUAAGGAAUAAACAGCAGCAAACACCACAAUUCACUGUGGACAAUAACCCAGUUUAUGCGGUUCCCAAACUGCCCCAGUCUGUGUCUCUCACAGAACAAAAACAACAGCAGCAGCAGCAGCAGGAGUCAGAGUUUGAUAUGGACCACAACCCUCUGUACAUGCUCCAUACUGCACCUCAGCACAAGAACAAUCCCAGUGCAGACCAUGAAUAUGAAACUCUUUCCAGCCAUUAGCUACCUGUGACAUCAGUCUGUGAUGUGUAAUCAUAGUGCAUACUCGUGUACGUAGCUAUAAAAGAAGGG